AAUGCCGGACAAAGCAAAGGCAGACAACAAGAAGAAGCAACAAAAGAAUGAGAAGUCGAAAGCCAAGCCAAAAGUAGACAAUACUUUCGGUAUGAAGAACAAAAAGGGUGGUAAAGGACAGCGUGAAGUGCAGAGAAUUACUCAAGAGCAAGCACAGCAGGGUAAAUCAAAGGACGCAACUGAUAAGGAGCGUCAAAGGCAAAUAGAGACCCAACAAAGAAGAGAAGCUGAGAAGAAGGCUGCAGAAGAGGCUAAACUCUUAGCUGGUUCACAACCGCCACAGAGAAUUCCAUUUGGCGUUGAUCCAAAGACUAUCGUCUGUCAAUACUUCAAGGCUGGUUUCUGUGAAAAGGGAAAGAAAUGUAAAUUCUUACACUCAGACGGUAAACCAAAGGUCGAGAAGAAGGACAUCUACUCAGACGCCAGAGACCAAGAGCAGCAACAACAAGAUACUAUGGAUAAAUGGGACGACGACAAACUUCGCGAGGUUGUUCUUUCUAAGCACGGUAAUCCAAAAUCGACGACCGAUAUCGUCUGUAAAUUCUUUAUCCAAGCUAUCGAGGAUAGUAAAUAUGGUUGGUUCUGGUCUUGUCCAAAUGAGGACCAGAAAGCUGGCAAGCAGUGUCAUUACAGACACGCACUUCCACAAGGUUUCGUUUUGAAAUCACAAAAGAAGCGUGAGGCUGAGGAGGGUAAGAACAAGAAGGAGAUCACGAUAGAGGCCUUCUUGGAAACUGAGAGACAUAAGCUCGGUUCAAACCUCACACCAGUCACUGCGGAGAGCUUCGCAAAAUGGAAGAAAGAUCGUGUUGACAAGAAGGAAGCAGAGCAUGAAGCUGUCAAGAAAGUUAAGGAAGCAACUAACGCAGCUGGUCGUCAAGUUGGUAUGUCCGGUAGAGAUCUCUUCACAUUCAACGCCGAAUGGUUCGAAGAUGAAUCUGAAGACGAAGGAGAAGACUGGGACUUGUCCGCAUAUCGUAAACAACGACAGGAGGAGGACGAGGCUGACCAAGCUGCCAUGCUUGAGAAAUGGAACACAGCUUUCGCAGCAACUGCAUAAUGUAAUACAUAUAAUUUGCAUAUUAAAAUCUAUCAU